AACCCAGGUAACCAUUCUUCGUAUCUUUCCGCCUAAAGUUGUCAGCUUUUUACUUAAUCAAAUCGGAUGUUUCGUUUAUUUUGCAAAGAAGUGCCCCUACAAUUAGGGCACAAAGCUUCACCAGGACUUAGCCAUGGCCACUUGUUCUCAACCUCCACUCUAAAAACCAUUUCAGAAGUCCCUAAUUCCAAGGACCCACAAUCUCUGACAGUCUCCUUCCUCCAAAACUCAUGUGGGUUGUCCUUGGAAUCAGCCAUUUCAGCUUCCAAGAAGCUCAAGAAGCUCAACAUUGAGAACCCAAAGAACCCCAACUCAGUUCUGGACCUGUUGAGAACUCACGGUUUGACUCAGACCCACAUCAGAAACUUAAUUAGCACUCGUCCACUAUUGCUUUUGGCUGAUUUAGAGAAUACCAUUAAGCCCAACAUGGAGUUGUUUGAAUCCUUGGGAUUCUCUAACACUAGGCUUGCAAAAAUGCUUAGCAGAGAGCCACGUGUGCUUGAAAGUGAUGCAUACACUGUUGUUGAGUUCUUUAGAGCUCAUGGUUUCAGUGAUGAGCAAAUAUCAACUUUGACCAUGAGGCGUCCAAAGUUGUAUUUUCUCAAUGCACACAAGAUCUUUAAGCCAAAGUUGGAGUUUUUCAAAUCUUUGGGCCUAUCGGAUCUUGAAAUUGCAAAGCUUUUAUCCACGGUGCCUUAUAUUCUAGAACGAAGCCUCGAAAACAAAAUCAUUCCUUGUGUCCAAAAGCUUAGGCGGAUUCUUGGCACUGAUGAGAACGUCUUAAAGGCUAUAAAGGCAUGCCACUCUAUAGUUAAAUGUAAUGUGGAAGAAGUGCUACAGCCCAACAUAUCGUUGUUGAAAAGCAAUGGUGUACCCGAGUCAUUUGUUUUGAAAAGUUUCUUUAGUUGUCCAAAUCCGCUACUUGUUAGGACUAAUCGUUUGAGUGAGAUUGUUAGUGAAGUUAUGAAAUUGGGUUUUGAUCCCAAUUGCCCGGGAUUUGUUUUGGCCACCCGUGUGAUGGCAGUAAUGAGUAAGAAAAUGUGGGAGCAAAAGGUUGAAGCUUAUAAAAGUUUUGGUUUGUCAAAUGAUGAGAUCUAUUCAGCAUUCAAAAUGAGACCAUUGUUUAUGCUUGUCUCAGAGAAGAAGAUCAAUAAAUCAAUGGCCUUCUUUGUGAACAAGCUGAGGAUGACGCCUUGGAUGAUUUCCAAGAAUCCUUAUCUUCUACGGCUUAGCUUGGAAAAAAGGAUUAUUCCGAGGUGUUCAGUUUUGCAACUUUUAUUGUCGAAGGGGUUGAUUAUGGCAGAUACUAGCCUUGUUCAGGUGUUGACAAUGACAGAGAAAAAGUUUGUGGAGAAGUUAGCGUGCAAGUAUCAGAAUGAGGUUCCUGAUGUUGUUAUAGCACACCAAGGCAAGAUAGAAUUUCAAGGGUUCCCCAUUGAUUUGAAAAAGUGAGUCAUCAUGGGAUCAUCAAAUGCUUAGGGCAUUGCCAAAAGAUAAGGAGUUCAGUUUGAGUUCAUGAUGUUGGCAGUCUGCUGUUUAUCUUUGUCCAAGGAAUUCGAUGAUGAAAUAAAUUCCAGGUUCUGCAAUGGCUUCAUUCAGUUUAAUCCAUCUGAAUUGUUCACCAUAGUUCAGCAAUAGAAACUAAUCAAACUUGAGCUGAACCUUUUAUGUACACGGUAAGAUUGAAUUUCAAGGGUUCCCCAUUGAUUUGAAAAUGUGAGUAGUAUGAGAUCAUCGAAUGCUCAGGGCAUUGCCAAAAAAUCAUGAGUUCCUUAUGUUGGCAGUGGGCUGUUUUCUUUAUCUAAGGAAUGCAACAAUGCAAUAAAUUCCAGAGGUUUUGCAUUACAGAUUUACAGUUCAGGAGAAGGAAAUCCUAGAGUAGUCUGAUUACUCGGGAGGAUGAUGUAAUUUGUAAAAGUAGUUCAAAUGUCAAGGCAUUCUAGGAUGUUCAAGAGUGCGAGGCCCUAUGAUCAGAUUUAUCAUAACUUUUUGAGAUAUGUGAGGAAAAGCACUGAAGACAUCUUUCUCACUGCAUUAAUCUUAUAUUUUUGUUUUGGUAUUCCAAAUUUUGCCUAUAUAUUCAUUUGAAAAGAAAUAUAGGAAAACCUUUUUGGUGUGACAUUUUUUCCCUCUUGACAUUAUUAUCCACCUGUGUGUUACUUUCAUUCAUCGGUCAAUAAUAAUG